AUGACAGAGCCGUUAGCAGCAGUGGGUGUGGGGGCCCCCGGGAGCAGUGGGGGCCCCCGGAGGAGAGGAGGGGGGCACGAGUCUCUGAACACGACAUGUGGUGGUCCCCUGGUUCUACACCCUGGUGGUGGUCCUCUGGUGGUGGUCCUGUGGUGGUGGUCCUCUGGUGGUGGUCCUGUGGUGGUGGUCCUGUGGUGGUGGUCCUCUGGUGGUGGUCCUGUGGUGGUGGUCCUGUGGUGGUGGUCUUCUGGUGGUGGUCCUGUGGUGGUGGUCCUGUGGUGGUGGUCCUGUGGUGGUGGUCCUGUGGUGGUGGUCCUGUGGUGGUGGUCCUGUGGUGGUGGUCCUCUGGUGGUGGUCCUGUGGUGGUGGUCCUGUGGUGGUGGUCCUGUGGUGGUGGGUUGA